AUAUGUUUCAAUCAUUGUGGCAAAUAACAAAAUUAAGCAAGCACUUCAUGAUAGGAACACAGGGAAAGGUGAGAUCAAUAUGCUUUAGUUUCUUGUUAUUACUGAGUUUCAAAUCAUUCAGUACAAAGGCCAAAGCACAGUCCCUGGGAAGUAACUGCGAAAACACCACCCAACAGACUCUCACCGGUGCAUACCAAACCAACCUUGAUAGAAUCCUAACAUGGAUGUCCUCGGAUGCAGGCACAAGCAAUGGUUAUAACCACACCACCAUAGGCACCAAUAGCUCUGUGUAUGGCCUUUAUGAUUGUGGUGGUGAUGCGGUUGGAUACUUUUGUCAAUUUUGUAUUUCCACUGCUGCAAGAGAAGCCCCUCAGCUCUGCUCCAAUAGGGAGUCUGCUGUGGUGUGGAAUGAUUACUGCAUUAUAAGGUACUCAAAUGAGGACUUCUUUGGGAAAGCUAUGACAUACCCAAUAUGGCAUACUCUUGGAACAAAAAACAUAUCCAACACCACAGAGAUUCAGAUAGCUGAGGAUUUUGUGAGAAGUUUGAUCGGAAAGGCUACUAAUGAAACCCACCAGUUGUACUAUAAGGAUGGCUUCAAUUUGAGUGCCACUGAGAGUAGGUAUGCCGUGGUGCAAUGCACCAGAGAUCUCACAAAUGAAGGGUGCAGACAGUGUUUGGAGGACAUACUGACUGAAGUUCCCAAAUGUUGUGAACAAAAAGUAACAUGGAUGGUUUGGUCUGGAAGUUGUUUGAUAAGGUAUGAUGAUCAUAUGUUCUACCUUCUUGCCAACCAACCACCUUCAGCUCCCGCACCCAAUCAGAAAACAGAUAAACAAGGGGUUAAUAACAGGACAAGAAUAUUGAUCAUUAUCUUCAGUGUGAUCGGGGCAAUAAUUGUACUAUGUUUCAGCCUAUAUUGCAUCUGGUACAGGAAAAGGGUGAGAAAAGCUAAUUAUAAAGAAAAUACGAGGGAUGGAGUUAGAGAAGAAGAGCUUCCUCUACCUUCAUUUCAUAAAAUUCAAUCGGAGGAAACGUGGAACACAGACCUGCCUAGAAUUCCAUUUAUCACAAUUUUACAGAGUACUGAUAACUUUUCAGUAGCAUCUAAAUUAGGGGAAGGUGGAUUCGGCCCUGUUUAUAAGGGAAAUCUACCUGAUGGAAGGCAAAUUGCAGUCAAAAGACUCUCAAAAUUUUCUGGUCAAGGCUCAGAGGAGUUCAAUAAUGAAGUAAUGUUUAUAGCCAAAUUGAGGCAUCGCAACCUUGUAAGACUUUUGGCAUGUUGCUUAGAGGAAAAUGAAAAGAUACUCGUAUAUGAGUAUUUGCCGAAUAAAAGUCUCGACUUUCACUUAUUUGAUGUUGAGAGAAGAAAACAAUUCGAUUGGAAACUAAGGUUAAGCAUUAUCCAUGGAAUAGCAAGAGGAAUUUUAUACCUUCACGAGGACUCUCAACUCAGAGUAAUUCAUAGAGAUCUCAAAGCCAGCAACGUUCUACUAGACCUUGACAUGAAUCCCAAAAUAUCAGAUUUUGGAUUGGCAAGGGCAUUCGAAGUAGGACAGAACCAGGCAAAUACAAAACGAGUAAUGGGCACUUUUGGAUACAUGGCUCCUGAAUAUGCUAUGGAUGGACUAUUUUCAGUGAAAUCUGAUAUUUUCAGUUUUGGAGUUCUUGUUCUAGAAAUCAUUUGCGGGAGAAAGAACGGUGGAUUCUACAUGUCAGAUGGUCAAACUCUCCUUGUAUACGCUUGGAGAACAUGGUCUGAAGGAAAAUGUUUGGAAAUGAUGGAUCCAAUGCUGGAAAAGUCCUUUAUAGGCAGUGAAGUAGAGAGGUGCAUACAGAUUGGUUUGUUGUGUGUUCAGGAAGAUGCAAGAGAUAGACCAACCAUGUCGGAUGUUCUUGUAAUGCUGGCGAGUGACACAGUGGUCAUUCCAAAACCCAAGCACCCAGCAUUUUCAAUCGGAAGGCUGGCCUCAGAGGAAGUCUCUACAUCAAAAAGUUCCAAGAAUUUUUCCGUUAAUGAUAUAACAUUCUCGAUUAGUUUACCGAGGUAAUUUCAUGAAUGAACAAUGGAUUUGUAUAUAUCUCUUCGAAGCGACAGAUAAAGUUGUAUUUAUAAUGAUUUGAAUCAAAUUAUUUAUUAAUUUAUCUACAUUAACAUUGAAUGUA